UGUAACUGAAUACAAUUUAUUCAUUGUCGUAACACAAGGGCAUACAGGAACGACGUGCCAACCACAACAGACUGGAACGGAUUAUAAAACUCCUUCAAGGGAAAAUAUACUGCCUUGCGACAUGGACCUCACAGAAAUCAUAGAAAAAAUUGAAGCCGGUGACAUGGAUGGUGCGAAAAACAUGGUAGAACAAUAUUCAGGAAGCAUUAACCAAUCAGAUUCAAACGGUAAAACAUACUUGAUGACUGCUGUUGAACUGGGCAACACACAUUUAAUAAACUUCCUCAUAGAUGCCGGAGCUGAUUUAGAUAUGAGAGACAGAAGCGGUUCCACUGCUUUACAUUAUGCGGUGAUUGGGUUUCAACUUCAAGUGGUUACGAUCUUAUUAUCCCGGGGCAGCGAUGAGAAUGCGAUGAACGAAAAGGGCUGGACUCCUCUCCAUUUGGCUGCGGGGAAGGGGAAAGAAUGGAAAGAUGUUGUGGCAGCUUUAUUACAAACAAAUGUUAAGGUGAAUCAACGAAAUAGCUUCUUUGGGAGCACACCUCUACACUGGGCCUGUUCCUGGGGACACACAGACACAGUUCGCCUCUUACUGAACCACAAAGGUAUUGAUGCCAAUGUCUUGGACAUUGAUGGAAACACACCACUGCAUGUGGCAGUUCGGGAGCAAUGCUAUGAUGUGGUGACAUUAAUGCUGUCCCAGGAUUCAGUCGAACUGGAAAUCAAGAACCGUGCUAACAGAACACCAUUUCUUCAAGCUGUCUCUCAAAGCAAUCUCGGAAUGAUGCAUAAGAUGAUAGCUCGGGGUGCAAAUAUAAAUGCUGUUGAUGGUGAAGGCAACAGUUGUUUGCACUUCGCUGUGAACAAAGACGCGUUUCAUUCCGAGAGUGCACCCAGGGAAAUUUUAGAUGAGUGCUGCACGGAGCUGAACCUGAAAAAGGAAGAAUGGUACUCUGGCGUAGUGGUUGCUAGAUAUCUAGCCAACCACGGAGCCGACCUUUACCAUAAAAAUAACAACAAUAACACACCAUUGGACCUCAUUAAGGACCCAAAUUUGAAACAAAAAUUGCAAACCUUUUCACCACCACAAUGUUUGUGGUGCGGACACGGAGAGGCCACAACAAAAUUCCACCCAUGUGGACAUUUUAUCACCUGUGAAGAAUGUUCAACAACUUCUCUUAAGCUAUGUCUGAGGUGUUUGAAACCUAUAACAAGCAGAGGUGGAAUCGGUUCUGCAAUGUGCGAGGACAAGCAUGUACAGACAGACUCACAGCUGUUAGAGACUGCAUCCCAGCAACUUGAAUCUCGAAAACUGGAAGAGAGGGAUCUUCUGCUGGUGGCGCGUCAGUUAGGAAGCAAUUGGUGGCAUGCUGGUAUUUUCUUGGACAUUAAAACUUCUGAGCUGGACAUUAUCAAGCGUGACAAUAGAAAUGAUACUAUAGAGCAGAGCUAUCAGAUGCUGUACAAAUGGUUCACAAGUUGUGACCCAAAGAAACGUACAGCGGAAACAAUAAAAGCAGCUCUUGAAGAAGCUCAAUGUUUUAAUGCCCUUCAAUGUCUAUCGUUAGGUAUAAAAUAACUUUCUGUGUUGUUGCUGUUCUUAUUUAGUCCAAGAUCUACCUUUAACGACAGAGACUUAUCAAUAGAUAACUUCCAUUUUUAUCCUAACUAUAAAGAACCCAUAACCACAUUGUCCAAUGUGUCCACCUUUAAGGUGAUAAGUUGUGAAUUGAAGAGCAUUUAGCUACGAAUUCCAGUACAUCUAUAUACCUCAUAAAAUCUCACUGAAUGAUUUGGCUCCCUUGUUAGAGAUUAAUUUUUGAAAUAAAUAUAAACUUUGUAUGUGGAUUUAUAGCA